AUGGAUCUACCGUGUGUGCUGUGCUGCAGCAAGGACGAUGAUGAGCUGGUCUUUGGCGAAGUGCACAAGGAGGAACAGUUGGUUGUGCACCGCAACUGUUUGUACCUUAGCUCAAAUCUUGUAAAGAAUGGAAACGAGCACACCGGCAUUUUGAGCUUCCUCAAGGAGGACAUUUUGAUGGAGGUGAGGCGCUGCCAUCUGCUCAGGUGCUUCUACUGCCAACGCCUGGGUGCCAACAUUGGAUGCUGCCGCAAGAGGUGCCGGCGCACUUUCCACACCAAGUGCGGCUAUGGCAACCUGGCGGUUAGCCAGUUUAGCGGCCGCUUUAACUCAUAUUGUCACAAGCACAUACCCGAGUACCGCAUCCAGCUGGGCACCGCGGGACAUUGCGUGAUCUGCUUUGAGUCGUGCCUUCAGAAGUACGCCAAUUCGGCGGGCUACUCCUUCAAGUGUCCGCUGUGCAACGACAAGGAGAAGUUUGCCAAAGUGGCGCUCUUUGGGAUCUCGAUACAAAACCGUGACGCCUCCUGGGAGCUGGAGCCUAAUGCCUUUGCGGAUCUAAUGCAGCGAGCGGAGUACUGCAUCUUGCCCGAUUGCCGCAUACGGCCUUCAGCUACUAGCGCUGCUGACCUGCUCUACUGCAUUCUGUGCGCCUCCAAUCCGAUGCACACGCACUGCACCUUCGAAACGGCAUCAACGUACCGCUGUGACGAUUGCAUUGUUAUAAAGCGUUGCCUCGGGCUCUGA